GCACUUCUUGUCAUCUAUACGGGGUUUUUCUCUGCACUGUAUUAUUUUGCUAUUCUAUUGAUAAAAGUAGCUAUAACCGUGAUUAGAACGGGACGAGUGAACCCAGCACGAAGUUUGUUAUCGGCGGAGGUCGUUGGUGCCGCCCCCGUUCCGAUAAAAACGCCCCCUCCCGAGCGCCCUCGGCACGCAGCUCGUCCGGAUUACGCGUUAUGCGGUACAAUCAUCGGAUUCCGUGGCACAGCUGGUGAUUCGGACUCGGUGGCAGUGUGCCUGCGUACGUGUGUGUGCGUGUGUGUGUGUGUGUGUGUACAUUCACGGUGGCCACAUCCCAUCGACGGAUCGUUCCUUCAAUCGCUCUUCCCUUUUUCCGCCGGCUGGGAAGAUAAGCGUACCCGCACGCUCACAUACACACACGAGUUGAAGUCGUCUCUUCCGGUGGAGACGGGACAAACCCCCAAGACGGAAUGUCACUCGAUGCCAGUGCCCUGCCGUCGGAACUGCUGACGACGGCCGCCCCGCUGGUCGGACUGUCCGGGCUGGAUGUGCAGCGCAGUGCCGUACACAAGACGGUGUGGGAUGCGUUCAACAACGCCAAAAAGCCCGACACCGAAUCCAUCCAGUACAAGCUGCUGCCCGCCAACUAUGAAUUUCCCGUCUCGAAGCCGAAACACCAGUCGUACGAAUGGUACACACCGAAGGGAAUACUCAAGCGCAACUGGAUGCUGAAGCACCUGCACGUCCUGCCCGCGGUGGUGGUACUGUUCCAGGACCUCGAAUGGAACGACCCGCAGUGGACGGAGAAGCAGCUCCAGUGUGCCGCCACGAUACAGGUGCUGAAGAACUCGCUCCAGGGGCGCAACACGCGCAUCGCGAUUGCCCUGCUCCAGCGCAGCAACUAUCUGCAGCAGGGCGAGGACAUGCUCGCGUCGGAACGGGCCGCCCAGCUCACCAGCAACUGUGACAUCAACGCGAAGAUGCUGUUCGUACUGCCCCACAACGACCAUCUGAUGGGGCACAUCUUCCGCCUGCAGUCGGCCUUCCUCGAGCUGGCCCAAUCGUACUACACGCAGAUGAUGAAGCAGAUCCGUCUGCACCGGGACCAGCUGACCGAUGCGCACACGCUGCUCAAGAUACGCCACCAGUUCAAGCUCGGCUUCAUCUCGGAGCUGAAGCUCGACCAGUCGAACGCGCUGCGGCACUACCGGCAAACGUACACCUUCCUGGACGAUGUGCGAAUCGUCGACACGAACUGUCUGGAGCUGAAAACCAUCGCCGGCUUUGUCAAUUACAAGAUGUGCAAGCUGUUCUUCCGCCUGAACGCGCCGAAAGAUUCCAUCUCGCAGUUCAAGAACCACAUCGGCAAGUACCGCCAGCGGUCGGGCUUCAAGGAGCUGCUGUUCGAGCAUUACGCCUGGCUGAGCGUACAGUACAGCGCGUUUGCGGAGCUGUUCUGCGACGCGGUAAAGAACGGGCUGGCGCCACUGCAAACGCAACACCCGGGCAUCUACUUCCACAAGGCGGCCGAGUACAUCGGGCUGAGGAAGGAAGCGUUUCUCCAGUGUACCGCGCUCGGGACGGCCGGCACUGGCGAGCAAUUCGGCACGAUAAGCAAUUCGGCACUGUACAGUGACUUUUUCGGCAUCAGGGGAAGCGUCAAGACGGGCGAACCGGUGUCCGAGCAGCAGAUCAUCUGCUUGGUGCAGGAGAACGAAAAGUCCUACAACCAUUCGGGCGAAAUCAUCGGUCUGCUGGGGAAAGCGAUGGCUCAGUUUAAGGUGUACCGAUGCCUGCGGUUUCGCAAAAAGCUAGCGAUCGAUAUGGCGGAAGAGUACCUGAAGAGUGGCGAUCACUCGAAGGCACUCACGCUGUACUCGCUCAUGCUGACCGACUACCGGCUGGACAAGUGGUACACCAUCUUUACGCAGGUGCUGCUGAAGACGCUCCAUUCGGCGUACCUGUCCGCGUCGGUGCCGGACUUUGUUGCGUGCAGCAUCGAGGCACUUUCGCCGAACAUUGCGAUGGACAAGCAGGAGCGUAUACUCGUGCUGGAGAACCUCUGGAAGGUGUUCCAUCGCGUAUCGCCCGUCUCGAGCAGUCUGAUUGCACCCGAGCUGUCCAACAGCUGGCAGACGGCGCUGACCUCCUUCAACACACCCAUCAAGCUGGAUCUCGAUCGAUUGAACGAGCUGGUCGAGUGUCGACUGACCUUCGAGAAGCGCCAAAUCAAGAACGACGAAAAGCUGCAGCUCCUGCUGUACAUCCGCUCGCUGACGGAGGUCCCGCUGAAGCUGAAAAACUUUUCCAUCCUUCUAACCGACCUCAAAUCGAGCAGCGUCCGCAUCAACGCAUCACAGUACGCGGAGUAUGCCGGUCCGCCGACCACCGACAGCUCGACCGGGUCGGCGAAACCGUUCGAGGAGUUCAUACUCGAGCCGGAAAAGUGCUACCGGGUGCUGUUCGUCGGCGAGCGGUACCUGUUCGCGGAGAGCGUGGACGUGCACAUCUUCCGGCUGGAGCUGCAGAUGGGCUCGGAAAGCACGUACGCGGUGCUGUCGGUGCGCGAGAAGCUCAACGCGAGCAAACCGUUCAAAUCGUACAACCCGCACAAGGAUUGUAUGGAAAGCAUCGGCAUCAUCAGCUCGUGCUACAUCAUUCCAACCUUCCAUCUUGGCUCGCAGACCAAGCCAACGAAUCAGCCGAUGCUGACGAACGAAUUCCACCAGGUGACGACGAAAAUUUUCAACCAGUCCGACCUCUGCCUGCAAAACGUCGGCGUGAGCAUCAGCGUACCGCAGCUGCUACGCAACAAUGUAUUCCUGACAACCGAUCUGAACCAUCCGCUGCAGAAGAUCCACUCGCACGUACAGAUCGACAUCGGCGAGCUGCAGAUGCAAUCGUCCACGACCGUUUCGUACUACCUCGCCAGCCUGGUGGCGGGCAACAUCGAGCUGAAGCAGCGCAUGUACUAUCAGAUGGAAAAUUUACACCAAAGCAAAACGGAGCCAGGUGGAGGAAGCAUCGCGAACGGCGGGGGGCCCAGCGCUGCGGCCGAUUCGCCCUCCACGCCAAACAGCGAAAAGGAGGAUCUGGCACGGCUGCUGGCGAACGAGAAGAAUCUAGCGAAGUACGUGAACAAUCACAACGUCAAGAUCGAGUUCCUCGACACCGACGGGCAGGUGGUGCGCAAGAUCAAGGAGGACACGGUGGUGGUACCGUGCGUGGAGGAGAUCAAGCUGACCGGGCGGUUUUACACGCUCAGCCGGGAGGCGCUGGGGCAGGCGUACCGGGACGAAGACUUUCUGCUGCGCAUCAACGUGGAGGUUAAGUCGCCCGAUCCGAUCGAUAUACUCGAAACGCAGUUUAUUAGUGAUCAUAAUAUAGUGGAGAAACCGUACCAAGGGGGUGCUUCCAUCAGUGGGACCGGCCUGCGACCGGCGAACCGGUUCGAGGAGCUGAAGCUACUCAGCGCCAUCAACUGUACGCGGGAUUGGGUGUCGCGCGGCGACUACCAGUCCACCGACACCCGGCUCGUGUUCAACCGGUCCCGGUCGCCCGAUGCACCAGCAGCAGCAGCGGCCUUACCCUCGAACCGACCGACCGAGGAGCAGUACAACAAGAACCUUCUCUCGAAACUGCCGACCAAUGCGACGAUCAUCGGUAGCACCAGCGCACAGCUAACCAAUCAGAUGAACCAAUCACUAACCCAUCAUCCCUCACAUGCUGCCCUGGCCGAUCCUUCGACCACCAACGCAUCGGGGGACGCUGACGGCACUGCAGCCAAGGGCGGACCGGCGACAACAACGGCCAGCAACGCCACCAGCAUGACCACCUCCACGGGGAGUGUGGACGAUUUCAAGGUGAAACCACUGCCCCUGAACGAUGCGUCCGCCGUCAGCGGCUCGAAAGCGGCCGCCGUCGGUGACGAACUGACCGCCGGCAAGAAUGUCACCAAAACCAUCUACAACCGGGCGCUGGACUGUGUGCAGCUGACGAACAACGACCGAAAUGGGUUCAUCAACGCGCAGUGCAAUCGGCCCGACGGGACAGGCAGUACGGUGGUGGCCGGCAGCACGUGGCCCAUCUUUGGCAUGUACUGCGUGCGGUGGUGCCGGUCCCGGACGCCGAACGUGGUGAAUGAGUCGAAAUUUAUCAUCAAUGGCAUCGAAGUCAUCGAUCCACCCCUUAAUCUGUACUGCUACAUCGAACAGCGGAUGUACGUACGAUUGCCAAUGACGCUGCGCAUCACGUUGCGGAACCCGACGCGAAGAAUUCUGCACCUGCAAGCAAUACUGAACAGCUCGGAUAGUUUCAUGUUUGCCGGCCAUCGACAGCUGAACGUGUCGAUAUUUGCGUACUCCUCGUACGAUUUGCUGUUUAACCUCUGCCCGCUAAAAGCCGGCUGGCAACCGUUGCCCGAGCUGGAGCUAGAGUAUCAAAGCUUUCAAGCUACGCCGACGGCCACCCCCGGAACGGCAGGUGCAGCGGCUGGAACGCAAGCAGCACCGGCAAAACUGGCGGCGGACCCAGUGCCGGGAACGAUUGGUGCUACGACUACACCACCACCACCAUCCGGGGACGAUGUGAUAGCGGACGGUUUGGAAAGCCAGCGCAAGGCGGAGCUGGCCUCGCUUGUGCAACGGUGGAUGCCGAAGAUGGUGUUUGUUCAUCCUCCAACGAGGACACUGUGAUCAACAACUUGUUAGGAGAUGGGGAGAGAGGAAGCGAACCAGCUUUUAUCAGAUAUUUAAUUUCCCACACAGCGAGUCUCUUCCCCGCGGGUCUCCGUGCGCCUCAGUGCUGUUCCGUUUGAACAACAAUAUUGUGACACACGUUCCGUUGUGGUGUAGUGAAUUCAAUUUAUUUAACUCCCCCAUCCACAUCCGGUUGCCGCAUCCGGUUAGAAAGCAAUUUGGCGAACGAAAUGGGCGAUGGUGCAUAUAGGAAUGGUGGUUCCUAAAAUGGCGGUCGUUUUCAUAAGCGAACACUAAAAGCUUCCGGGCAUUAUUAGGGAGGAAAAGUGCAUACGAGUGGAAAAGAAAAGCGGGACGAAUGUUAACAUUUGUUAGGGGGAAAAAGGAGAAAGAGAUAUCCAUGGUAUUGAACGGUUUAUAGUUAUGAGGGGGAGGAAGGUUGGCGUAGCUAAAUGAAACAGAAUGCGAAAGGAUUUAGCGAACAGAGCGAGACAGUGAAAGAGAGCGUUAAAAAUUGCAGUUGUUUAGUGAAAAGGAGGAAGCAAAAGCCCUAAGGGUGGCGUUGGUCCUCUUUCGAUAUGGCGAGUGGCAAUAUUUAAAUUCCGGUUUUUUGAGGAGAGGGUGUGGCAGCGUGUUUUGUUUUUGGUAGGAAGCUAGUAGGAAUUAUUAAAUUUCCCUCCUCUCACACUCACACACCCCUCUUUCUAAUGCGUUCUGCGCCAGAGUACGGCGAACAGAAAUAAAGGUGAAGAGUCAGUAAUAA